AUGGAUCUGGCUCAGCGCCCGCCAUACCACACCGUGGACUUCAAAGCUCUCGCCAAAGUAAACCCAGAAUUCAAGCAACUAUGGCAGUCCAAAUCGGGCAAGCUCGACUUUCAAGAUCCAGACACCACACGGAAACUCUCAAAAGCUAUUCUCACAACCGAAUUUGGCCUCGAACUAGAUGUCCCCAAUGAUCGCCUGUGCCCGCCCAUUCCCAACCGCUGGAACUAUGUAUCCUGGAUCCAAGGCCUCAUCGACUCCACUUCGCCUUCGUACUCCAACAAGUAUGAACCCGAGCGCAAAGUCGUAGGGUUAGACAUUGGCACAGGCGCAAGCGCAAUCUACACCAUGCUGUGUCUAAAGAGCAGGCCCAACUGGGACAUGUGCGCCACCGACGUCGACAAAGCAUCCUUCACCUCUGCGGCCCGCAACCUCGCUCUCAACAGCCUCAUGACACGCACCACCCUUCUCCAAACCACAUCUUCCCAACCACUCAUCCCGCUCCAAGCCCUCGGCAAGUCCACCCUCGACUUCACAAUCUGCAACCCCCCCUUCUUCACCAGCGAGUCUGAAAUGCACAACUCCCUCACAGGCGAGGGCAAGAGCUGGAAACCAAACGCCGUGUGCACCGGCGCUCCCAUCGAAAUGGUGUGUCCCGGCGGCGAUCUGGGGUUUGUGACGAGACUUGUGGAAGAGAGUCUGGUCCUCCGCGAAAAGGUGAGUUGGUACAGCAGUAUGCUGGGCAAGCUGGAAAGCGCAAAAGCCGUCAUCACGCUGCUCAAACAACGCGGUAUCGCGAACUGGGCUGUUGGCGUCAUCGAUACAGGAGCGAGCACGAAGCGCUGGGUCGUGGCAUGGAGUUUUGGCGACUGGAGACCGAAGAAUAGUAUAUCCCGCCCCCCCUCCCUCCCAAACUCACACCUCCCUUUCCCCACCACAUACACCAUCCCCCUACCCCCAACCUCCACCUCAGAAACCGCCCUCAGCACCCUGCAAACACACUUCUCCGCCCUCGAUCUCCGCUGGUCGUGGGACCCCACAUCAUCGACGGGUCUGGGCGAGGCCGCAGGGAAUGUGUGGAGUAGGGGGUAUAGACGGGCUUUUGAGCGGAGGAUGAGGGGGGUUGGGGGCGGCGGUGCAGAUGGUAAUGGCCACGGCGGUGCAGAUCCAGACAUGAAUAGGCCAGUUGCGAUUGUAUUCCGCAUCAGACUGCUGGUCUUGGCAAGGGAGAUUUCAGUCGAGUGGGUGCGCGGACGCGAUCAGGUGCUGUGGGGGAGUCUGUGUGGGGUUGUGCAUGGGCUGUUUAAGAAGAGGGAUGUCGGUGCCGGUGCCGGUGCCGGUGCCGGGUGA